AUGAAUCGGUGGUCAAUCAUUCAACUUGGCACUAGUAAGUGUUGUGGGUACUUUGCCCAAAUUGAAGCAUUGCAUCAAAGUGGUGUUAACGAGCAAGACAAGAUUGGCAAGACAAAAAUCAUGUACCAAGAAGUUAAUAAAACCUCAUUUCAAUUCGAACAUUGUUGGAAAGUGUUAAGGGAUCAACCAAAAUGGUUCGACCAAUGCCAAAAGAAAAAAUCGAAAAGGAUCAGAAAUGAUCCAACAUCUUCACCUUCAAUACCAGAGCUAAUCAACCUAGCAAAAGAUGAUAUCUCACCCUUGGAGAGACCUAUGGGUAGGAAGGCAGAAAAGAAGCAGUUAAAAAAAGCAAAGAACCAUGAUAGUUGUUCUCCAAUUGUGGAUUUACUGAAUGAGAUGAAAGAAGAAAUAAAAAGAGGAACUGAGAAGAAACUUGAACUUCUUCAAAAAUCUUAUCAUAUUCAUGCUUCAAGGGUUCGAACCGAACAAUUGAAAGAGGAAGAGAGAAUCAUGAUGAUUGAUACAAGUGAGAUGUCCCCAAUGCAGCAAGAAUAUUAUCGUCUACGCCAACUGAAAAUCAUUGAGAGUAGGAAAAAAAUUAAUGAUGUGGGGUAA